AUGGGUUACAGACUAGGAGAUGCCCUUCUUUUCUGCCAUAAUCUAAAUAUGGAAUCCUUCUUUUUCCCCCAGAUGGCCCAGAUAUUGCCACAAUUGACCAUAUAAGCGAUCAGUUCGCAACGGGGAUAAAUGUUACCUUGAGCUGUGUUGCUGAUUCUAACCCACCAGCACAAUUCACUUGGUUACAGAAUGGACAAUCUGUCAGCAACUCAGCCUCAUUUUCUAUUAUUACAUCCCUGAAUCAUAUCGGAAACUAUACCUGUAUUGUAACUAACUCAUUUACUGGCUUGACGCGCACUGCAAACAAGACUCUUAUGAUCUAUGCGCCAUUGUCCAAACCUAUCAUUGUCACCUCCAACAUUACUGCAGUGGAGACCAAGGACUUCUCAUUGACAUGCCAGGCUACAGGUCAAAUUCACGCUUACCAGUGGUUCAUAAACGGAGUUGCCCCAGCUGGUAGCAGGAUACAGCUGUCGCCAGAUAAGAGGACACUCACUCUCAGCAGGCUCACAAGAAGAGAUAACAAAGGGCCAUAUGAGUGUGAAAUCCGGAAUCCAUUUUCUAGCAAUAGGAGUGAUCCAUUCACACUGGAUGUUGCCUAUGGCCCAGAUAUUGCCACAAUUGACCAUAUAAGUGAUCAGUUCGCAACGGGGAUAAAUGUUACCUUGAGCUGUGUUGCUGAUUCUAACCCACCAGCACAAUUCACUUGGUUACAGAAUGGACAAUCUGUCAGCAACUCAGCCUCAUUUUCUAUUAUUACAUCCCUGAAUCAUAUCGGAAACUAUACCUGUAUUGCAACUAACUCAUUUACUGGCUUGACGCGCACUGCAAACAAGACUCUUAUGAUCUAUGCGCCACUGUCCAAACCUACCAUUCUCACCUCCAACAAUACUGAAGUGGAGACCAAAGACUUCUCAUUGACCUGCUAUGCUACAGGUCAAAUUCACGCUUACAAGUGGUUCAUAAACGGAGUUGCCCCAGCUGGUCGCAGGAUACAGCUGUCGCCAGAUAGGAGGACAGUCACUCUCCGCAGUCUCACAAGAAGCUUUAACAAAGGGCCCUAUGUGUGUGAAAUCGAGAACCCAUUUUAUCACAAUAGGAGUGAUCCAUUCACACUGGAUGUUGCCUAUGGCCCAGAUAUCGCCACAAUUGUACAUUCAGCCGAUGAGUACCCUCCUGGGGCAAAUAUUACCUUGAGCUGUGUUGCUGAUUCUAACCCAGCAGCACAAUUCACUUGGUUACACAAUGGACAACCAGUCAGCAAAUCAGCCACAUUUUCUAUUAUUGCAUCCCUGAGUGAUGCUGGCACUUAUACUUGUACUGCAUCUAACUCAUUCACGGGUUUGACCUGUACUGCAACCAAAAAUAUUAUAAUCUAUGCACCACUGUCCAAACCUACCAUUGUCACCUCCAACAUUACUGCAGUGGAGACCAAGGACUUCUCAUUGACAUGCCAGGCUACAGGUCAAAUUCACGCUUACCAGUGGUUCAUAAAUGGAGUUGCCCCAGCUGGUAGCAGGAUACAGCUGUCGCCAGAUAAGAGGACACUCACUCUCAGCAGGCUCACAAGAAGAGAUAACAAAGGGCCAUAUGAGUGUGAAAUCCGGAAUCCAUUUUAUAGCAAUAGGAGUGAUGCAUUCACACUGGAUGUUGCCUAUGGCCCAGAUAUUGCCACAAUUGACCAUAUAAGCGAUCAGUUCGCAACGGGGAUAAAUGUUACCUUGAGCUGUGUUGCUGAUUCUAACCCACCAGCACAAUUCACUUGGUUACAGAAUGGACGAUCUGUCAGCAACUCAGCCUCAUUUUCUAUUAUUACAUCCCUGAAUCAUAUCGGAAACUAUACCUGUAUUGCAACUAACUCAUUUACUGGCUUGACGCGCACUGCAAACAAGACUCUUAUGAUCUAUGCGCCACUGUCCAAACCUACCAUUCUCACCUCCAACAAUACUGAAGUGGAGACCAAAGACUUCUCAUUGACCUGCUAUGCUACAGGUCAAAUUCACGCUUACAAGUGGUUCAUAAACGGAGUUGCCCCAGCUGGUCGCAGGAUACAGCUGUCGCCAGAUAGGAGGACACUCACUCUCCGCAGUCUCACAAGAAGCGAUAACAAAGGGCCCUAUGUGUGUGAAAUCAAGAACCCAUUUUAUCGCAAUAGGAGUGAUCCAUUCACACUGGAUGUUGCCUAUGGACCAGAUAACGCCACAAUUGUACAUUCAGCCAAUGAGUACCGUACUGGGGCAAAUAUUACCUUGAGCUGUGUUGCUGAUUCUAACCCAGCAGCACAAUUCACUUGGUUACACAAUGGACAACCAGUCAGCAACUCAGCCACAUUUUCUAUUAUUGCAUCCCUGAGUGAUGCUGGCACUUAUACCUGUACUGUAUCUAACUCAUUCACUGGUUUGACGCGUACUGCAACCAAGAAUAUUAUAAUCUAUGGUGAGUAUCUGGAUUGGGCCCCCAACUUUGUGUGGGGCUCUCUCUUUCCCUGGCAUGACAGAAAUAGACAAAAGUGACUCUCCCCCCCCCCCUGGUCCCAUGGCACAGUGCAUUGUGUUAGAAAGAGCCCUGAGCUCAGAAUCAUAAAACUUGGAUAGAA